CAAACAUCGAUCGCGGGGAGAGUUCUCUGGGAUUGAAUCCGCGAGAGAGAUUGAAAAAAGUUCUUCUUGGAUUCGUAUCUUCUUCCGGUGGAAUAAUGGUGACAGGGUUGAUUAAUGCUAAUCCUGUGGUAUAUGAAAGAAAAGAGAGACAUCUACGAAGCUCACCAGUAGUUAUAGAUGAGUAUGCUGUAGAGCCCAUCGAUCAGCUGGAAAUUUUUGAACAUGUUAGAGAUAUAAAGGACCCAGAACACCCAUAUUCCUUGGAAGAGUUAAAAGUGGUAACAGAAGAUUCCAUUGAACUUGAUGACCAGCAAAGUUAUGUUAGGGUGACUUUUACUCCAACGGUUGAACAUUGCAGUAUGGCUACUGUUAUUGGACUUUGUCUGCGUGUGAAACUAAUGCGCAGUCUACCUUCUCGGUAUAAGGUUGAUAUUAGAGUAGCACCUGGAACUCAUGCUACCGAAGCCGCCGUGAACAAACAGUUAAACGAUAAAGAACGAGUAGCCGCCGCAUUGGAAAACCCCCGACUCUUAGAAAUGGUUGAUGAGUGCUUGGCAGCCACCUACAUUUAAAACUAUCGGAUUUUUUUUUCUUCGGUCUCAAUAUUAUACAAUGUGUUACAUGAUGUUCAUUGAUGUUUCCACUUGUUGAAAAAAUAUGAUAAAACUUAAUACUUCUUAACCGAAGGUUAAAUUUUCUCUCAUAUUCAUAACAUCUGCUGGUUUAUAGGAAAUACUAGCAACAGGGUUCCUGGUUUUUGUUCUAUGACUUUGUGUGACUUGUAAAGACUAAAGAUGAUACCUUUUUUUUUUC